CCGUAGUUCCAAAUCAAACACUACUCACUCUCUCUUUGACAUUGGCAUGGCCUAUUACACUUACACCCACUCUGCGUUACAUCUGCGAAUCCCAUCAUCGCUUUCCCUUUCAAACCCAAACAUUCAUCUACCAUCCACUCGAAUCUCUUUUCAACCCCUCAGAUUCAAAGGACUCAACGCCAAACCAAACAACAGAUUCAUUUGCAAGGCGGUGAAAUCUUCAAUGGCUGCUUCUUCACAAGUAGAAAUCUUCGAGAAAGAGGAACUUGCUGUUUCUCUCGCUAAAUACACCGCCGAUCUCUCCAAUAAAUUCACUCACCAAAGAGGUGCUUUCACUGUUUGCUUGUCUGGUGGCUCUUUGAUCAACUAUCUCCGGAAACUGUUGGAGCCUCCUCAUGUGGAUUCUAUUGAAUGGGCUAAAUGGCAUGUGUUUUGGGUGGAUGAGAGAGUUGUACCUAAAGAUCAUCAAGAUAGUAACUAUAAGCUUGCUUUUGAUGGUUUUCUAUCCAAGGUGCCCAUUCCACCCGGCAACGUUUAUGCAAUCAAUGACACCCUUUCAGCUGAGGGAGCAGCUGAUGAUUACGAGACACGUGUCAAACACUUGGUCAAUAGCAAUGUGAUAGCUUCAUCAUCAACCAGUGGAUUUCCAAAAUUUGAUCUCAUGUUGCUUGGCAUGGGCCCUGAUGGGCAUGUAGCUUCUUUGUUCCCAGGGCACCCUCUUGUGCAGGAGAAUAAAAAAUGGGUUGCUUCGAUUACCGACUCGCCAAAACCACCACCAGAAAGAAUAACAUUUACCUUUCCCGUUAUCAAUUCAUCUGCGUACAUUGCACUUUUUGUGACUGGUACCGGUAAAGCAGAUGCAGUUCACUCCGCACUACGCGGAUCCGGAACUGCUGAUAAGCUUCCUGCUGCCUUGGUUUCACCUGAAGGGGAGUUGAAAUGGUUCUUAGACAAAGGUGCAGCAUCAAAGCUGUAGAUCCUAAAGCUGAGCCAGUUAAUCUAUGUGUUGUGCUGUUGUAUUUAUUUUUGCAAUAAUGAGUCUGUGUAAUAGAAGAAACUUAACUGUUACUGAAUCUCCAUAAUAACUCAUUGAUAGUUUAAAGUGGAGAGAGGUCUUUGUAGCAAUAAGAGGAUAAAGUGAAGAGAGUACAAUGUGCGGUUCUUCUUUUGGUUCAAAAUUUAUAAAGGUUUACCCUCAUAAAUUUCCCAUUAA